AUGCAGCACGUAGUUUCGUACGAGCAUAAGAAAAGUGGUUCCCGUACUUACAAUGACCCCGCACAAACAUAUCAAGAAGGGUUGUAUAAGGGGACGAAGGGUCAUAUAGAUAGUUAUGCAGCAUACAGGGCACCACCUCCAGCGGUAAAAACUCGGGGACCAAGAUCUUCCAAUGAAGCAACACUUAGACUAUGGGACGAUGGGCGUCAACCGCAAUAUCCAACCCGAACGGAUACAAUGACCUCAGAUCAACGGGUUAGAAGAGGGUCUAUUGAACGGGAAACACAUAUAAAUUACCAGCAAGGAAGGGAGGAUCCACGUAAUUUAUAUAACAAUUUUGAUCCAGCUUAUCCUAUGCAACAUCCUUACCAACAGUAUCAGCCUACUUCAACAUUAUACCCCAACCCCGCUGUCAUUAGUACACCCUCUCUGGGAACACUUUCGCCCGGAGGUGAUAUCGAAUAUUUGUCGCAGAAUCAUCAAGAUCUACAACCAAUACAACCACAUAUCAAACACUUGCAAUACGAUCGCACUGAAAACAUACAUCAUUUAUACACCAACUCACCACCGCAAAUUUCCAUACAAUCAGCACAAAAUUAUGAGGUUCAUACACAGCCGUUAACCUCAAAGUCACAAUCUGGACAGCGAUCUCCCUUACCUUUUGUUCAAUACGCACUGAAUGCUCCGCAACAACUUCCCCAGAGAAUGAUGCCAGUAAAUGGUACCACCGUUUCUAAUCUAAUAAUUCCCACAUAUACCGACGAACGCGUACCACCUCGGAGGUCAACAGAUAGCAUUCGCGAAAGAUCUAAAACUUCAUUGACACAUGAACGCAUACGUUCGUGUUCGUUUUCAUUUUCAUUUUCAGAAGCAUCGUCAUCAGCGAAUUCGGAUAUAAGUUCCCCAUCUUCCCCAUCUUCAACAAUUGGUAAGCAACAUGCACCUAUUGUAUAUCCCGCCUUACUUUCUCUAGUCGCUGAAGCAUUUCGCAGCAGAGUAAAUCUGUCUAACAGAACGAAGGACAAUAUUGAGUACAAAGAUUGUUUUGAUGGGAGAGAUGCAGUGGAUAAAAUUGCGUUUAUCAUCAAAACAACGGACAGAAACCUAGCUUUGUUACUUGGGAGAGCCUUGGAUACCCAGAAGUUUUUUCACGACGUGACUUACGACCAUCGACUUCGUGAUUCGCCGAAUGAAUUAUAUCACUUCCAAAAGAUGCCAUCAAUUCUACCUUCGGAUAAUUAUGAUGCAGAAGAAGAAAUUCCGGAAGAACCAGAUUUGCCAAGCGGGGUUUUUACAUUGUUGACAGACUGCUACUCGCCUACUUGUACAAGAGACAACUUAUGCUAUAGCAUAGCAUGUCCUAGGAGGCUUGAACAAAAUGCAAGAAAAAAUAUGAAGCCGAAUUCUAAUCUUAAGCGUGCGAACAGUCGUGGAUCCAUUACAGAAAAGAGAGAUCAAAAAUUAUGGAUACACACCGUUCCUCCCGAGAUUGCAGAAUCGGUUUCAGAAACCGAAAAGAAACGUCAAGAGGCUAUCAACGAAGUCAUCUAUACGGAAGAUGAUUUUGUUCGAGAUCUGGAAUACGUCAGAGAUUGUUGGAUGAUACCCAUUUUGUCACAAAAUAUUAUUCCCGACUCUCGGCGUGAAUCUUUCGUCAAAGACGUGUUCGGUAACAUACUGGAGAUCCUAAGUGUAAAUUCUAAACUCGCAGAUGCACUAGAAAAACGACAAAGUUCUUAUGCUAUCGUUGGGCAAAUUGGAGAUAUUUUUCUGGAAUACGUUCCAAUGUUUAAACCUUUUAUCCAAUACGGUUCUCACCAAUUAUGGGGAAAAUACGAGUUUGAAAAAGAAAAAAAUUCAAACCCAGCAUUCGCAAAAUUUGUUGAUGAAACGGAACGUCUUCCUGAAUCCAGAAAGUUAGAGUUGAAUGGUUACCUCACAAAACCUACAACACGCCUUGGUCGAUACCCUUUAUUACUUGAGGCUGUUCUUAAGCAAACACCCGAGGGUAAUCCUGAUCAGAAGAACUUGCCAGUCGUCGUUAAAAUUAUAAGAGAAUUUCUGGCAAGUGUUAAUACCGAGUCUGGAAAAUCCGAGAAUCGAUUCAAUUUGCAACAAUUGCAAGAUCAAUUGAUUCCCAAAGGAAAUGAAAUCAUGGAUCUUAGACUGACGGAGGAGGAUCGUCAAAUCAUUUUCAAAGGGUCACUAAAGAAACGAUCCAAACGUUCCGGAACCGGAGAAUCUUCUGAUUUGCAUGUGUUUUUAUUUGAUCAUGCUUUAUUAAUGGUUAAAGCCAAGACCAUCAAUAAGAUGGAGCAAUAUAAAAUUCGUCGAAAGCCGAUUCCCUUGGAGUUAUUGAGUGUUUCGACUUCGGAAGGACCUACCGAAGGAGCCCGUGUAAAUACAAAGAAUACAAAAAGUCCAAAGCGCCCUCACUCAAUGUUACCUGGACCAGCGGUCCGUGGGAGUAAUGAGAAACAGUUCGCGAUUACUUUCACCUAUCUCGGGAAAAAAGGAUUCUCGAAAUCUCUUUUGUUGGAGAAAAACAAAUUUUCCGGCACAAACAAGGUUGUCUGCGCUGCUUAUUUUGACAAUUAUCGGAGGCUGGCUUUUGGGACGGACACAGGCGUGUAUGUUCUGGAAGUUGGACAGAGUCAAAAGUCUGCUACUCGAGUAUUACAAAUUGAACGGGUCUCUCAGAUUGAGAUUUUGGAAGAUUUUCGGUUAUUAUUGAUAUUGGCCGAUAAAAAUCUUUAUACGUGUCCAAUUGAUGCAUUGGAUCCCGAUAAUGACAAUCCCACCAACAAACGUCCAAAGAAAAUCAGUUCGCAUGCCAGUUUUUUCAAGUCGGGAACAAGCCUCGGAAAAACCUUGGUGACUGUUGUGAAAAACAGUACCCUCACUUCCAUCAUCAAGACGCUAGAACCGCUUGAACAGACCACCAAAAGUAAGAAUAAGGGUUCAACACUUAAAGGAUUAUUACGUGGUGGAAGCGAAUCAUUAAAAACAUACAAGGAAUUCUCCAUACCUGCCGAAUUGAUAUCGGUACAUUUUCUCAAUAGACAAUUGUGCGUAGGGUGUAAUUCUAAGGGUUUCGAGAUAGUAGACCUUGUGACCCUGAACGCGCAAUGUUUUUUACAUCCGGAUGAUGCGUCGCAUGAUUUCGUCACGAAAAAAGAGAAUGUAAAAUCAAUUGCGAUGUAUCGUACAGGGAGCGGAGAUUUUUUGUUGUGCUAUGAUGAAUUUGCAUUCUUUGUUAAUAAACACGGUCGACGCAUAAGACCUGAUUGGAUAAUAUAUUGGGAAGGAACGCCUACUUCUUUUGCCUUGAGGUACCCAUACAUCCUUGCUUUUGAACCUUCGUUCGUUGAAAUACGUCACAUCGAAACAGGUUCGUUGGAACAAAUUAUUGAGGGGAAUCAUAUACGCUGCUUGUACUCCGAUGCCCGUGGAAACAUCGUUUUCUCUACAAACGAUCUCGCAACUGAUAGUUCGGAAGUAUUUUUCUUGAAUUUCAAAGGUGAAACUUCAGAGACUUCCAUACAUUCAGAUACCACAUUUGAUGACGAAAGAAUUGACAUGUAA